ACGCGGCGUUGACGCGCGUCGCAACAUGGUUGCGUGGGUGUAGAUCGUUUAGUGAUAAACUAUUAAUGUUUUCAACUUUAUAAACAUACUACUAGUGUUUUCAUCUAAUCUGAUGUUUAUCAGAAACGUGUUUCAAGUUGCAGAAUGUUUCUAAUGAGUGUAUAAUAGUGGUGUAUAUGAAAAUUAAGUCUGUGUUAGUGUUUUGUUGUUGCCGGGACCGAGGGACGCUAUAUUUUGGCGGUGCGUUGAAGGUCUAGGACCGUCAUGAGAAAAAUAAAUGGUUUCUACUAAGGACCCUAAAACAAAAACAUGACUAUAGACAGAGCCGGUCGCCCGCCCGCGCCUCGACGUUCAUCAACAUACAAAAGUUACGAUGAACUCGGUAUAGUAGACAGAGGAAAAACAUUGAAAUAUCGACACGGCGGUAUAGAAGACUUGUCCAGUUUAGAACAACGUCAUAAGUCAUACACCAAUCGGGACAUGGAUGACAUAACUGUCAUAAGCUCGGAGGAAAUAACCAGACCGAAGCGAAAAACUAUUGAAGGUCUGGCAAAUGGAUUUCGAAGGACAUUUUCAGUGAGAAACAGACGCGAGCCUGAAGGUAUUCCCAUGGAAACGUUUAGUAUAACCGGUGAGGAAAAUUUUGCUACAGUCAGAGGAGCACCGUUCGGUAGACGCAGAUCAUUAUCGAGGGAUAGAGGUUCCUCUUUACUUGGAAGAAGCUCCUCUGAAGGUGAUGUUAGGAUUCCCUUGCCCCGCGCCCCAUCAGCGAACCCCACUCCAAGACUGCAUCGCUGUCUUCGCGCUCUUGGAGGGAGCUGGAAGAACCUACUACUAUUGGGCGGUAUGUCCCGCGGAGGUAGCGGCGCUGGUAAGACAGCGACUGCAAAGCGAGUGCCUCCGCCAGCGGUGCCAGGGGAUGCAUUCGGGACUCCGCAACACAGACACUCGGGCUCGAGCUUCGGCUCUCAGGGCUAUGCCUCGUGUGAGGAGCAGGCGUACCCCCAGCCCCCUGACACGCCUUCACAUACAAGAGAUGAUCACUCGGACUAUGGCAGCACUGUGUCGGGUGUGUCCGGUGCUAGCGGGAGUCUCGGCAAGAGUCCUGCUGGGGGAGGAACCUUCACCUUCCCUCCACCCACCCAGCCCCUCACACACAAGGCAGCUGUAUACUAUCAUCACCAACUAGCGCUGAGUGAUGACCAGGGCAUAGAUAUGACACAGAGUCCCGGGCGCGACAGUCCCGGUUCAUCCUCGGGCUCCGCUGGUUCAGGGUCCCGGCACUCGUCCGCGUCUUUGGACAGCGGCCGAGCGUCCGGUCGGAUGCCUCACCAUCAUCACGCCACCUGCCACUGUGGAGAUACCGUCGAUAGAGUGCGGGCCAUGAUCGGUCAGGGACUACCGGACCAUGAUAUUAUUCAUGCAUGGCUGGCGGAUUUACAAAUGGAAGAAUACGCUAGACUGUUCGUCGAAGCGGGCUACGAUCUGGCGACCGUUACUAGAAUGACGCCCGAGGACCUCACAGCGGUCGGCAUCAAGAAACCAAACCAUCGCAAGAGGUUAAAGGCUGAACUCACCAACCUCAACGUGCCCGACAAUCUGCCUGAUUACAUCCCGGGUUCUCUGGAGGAAUGGCUUCGUCUGCUGCGGUUAGAGGAAUAUGGGCCGGCUUUAGUGGCGCAGGGAUAUCGCACGGUGCAUGACGUCACACAACUCGCCUGGGAGGAUCUAGAAGAUAUGGGCAUAGUUCGUUUGGGACAUCAGAAGAAAAUUUUGCUUGCCAUUAAAAGAGUGAAAGACAUCAGGGCGGGGAAGCGAAGCAUCAGCAGCCAAGGAUCGCUCGAUUUCACGAGACUAUCUGGACAGGAUUUAUAUACCCGAGAGCAUUACCAGCCGUGGGAGAGGAGGAGUUACCAUAAACCCCCCGAUCUAAAGUUUGACGCUCUACCGACCCUAGCCACUGAUUUGGUCCCCAUCCAGAUACGUCAUCCGCGCGGGAAAUCCCUCGAAAGUCUAGAAGAUCCGACGGAAAGGACUUCCCAUACAACGUUUUCACCUGAAGCAGGGUUCUAUUAUGGAGGGCAAUGGAGACGUUCCUAUGACGAUGGGGAUAUAACACCCACAAACGACAGCUCGUACGAAGGCGGUGGAACCCUGCCGCGUCCGAGGGGCUUAGUACGACCGCGGCCCGUCGCCAAAAUACAAGCCACUCCAGCAUACAGAGACAAAUCACCAGAUUACACCUACGACGAGAUAGCGUACUCAGCUAGAUUACAACGCGUCGCGUACGGCGCGAGUCCUCACGUGGCGAGGAAGCCCCCUCCAGAACCGCCCAAACGUCAAAGUUCCCAAUACGCACCGUUCACGAGAUUUGGUCAAACCACGGUCGAAAUCCAUCCAGAGAAGAGUCUUCCAUUGAGUCUGCCCGCGUAUCCAAGUUCAGAUUCCUUGAGCGUCUCUUUGGACAGCACGGGGCUAUUGCCGCCGCCGCCCGCACCUUCCUCUCCGCCCAGGAGAUACGAAGACGAUAAAAUGAGGACCGGAUCCGACGCUAGCUUUAAGUCAAGUUCCAGCACCGAAUCAGAUAGCAUUCCAUUCGCAAACGAGAACGCGGGGACGAUAAAACAGAACAGAGGCCAAAUAACUGGUAGACCGCACACCGUCGACUACGGACGAGCGGGCAUCAACCUCACCGGCCUACCGCCGCGGAACCCCGACAUGAAACCCAACCAUCCCCUCCCGGAACAUAAAGACGAGAACAAAAGUACGGAACCAGUGGACGUGCUCAAUGACAUAGGCAACAUGCUGGCCAACCUAACAGACGAAUUGGACGCCAUGUUGGAAGAAGAAAAACGCCAGGGUUUGACUGAUUCUUAAAACCUAUAAUAUAUUGAUUAUUGUAUUAUUUUCUACUCGAAUACUUAUAUUAGUUUCAACAAAUUCCAAAGAUACAUGAUCGAUGCGAUCGAUAUUUUGACUUUUUUUAAUUUCGUUUGCAGGGGAAAUAUAGGCAACAUUUAUAAUUAACUUUUACAUAAGUACAUGUUAUAUUAUUUUUAAGAAUCCGUUAUAAACAUAGUUUGUGAUUCUGGUUUGAAAAUAGUUGGAUGCCAAAGCGUGCUUGACGGCGUAAUUAUAGUGGUUUUGAAUGUUAAUUGUCAAAUGAUUAUGUCAAUGUCAAUGUCAAAUACCACACUCAAAUUUUCUCUGUGGUCGCUCGCUUCACAUCCGCUACUAAGCUGAACGCUCGGCCUUAAAUCCGCUACAUUAGUAUACAUAAACUAUUUCAAUUCCUUAACAGAUAACAAGCCAGAAUGUUCUGUACUUUAUGACAAAUUAUUUAUAUUUUAGCAAUGUUUAGUGUUGUUUAUACACGGCUUAGUUGAUCUUUCUAUAAAAUAGUUCCUCGUUUAAAUUUAAAAUCGUGAAUUUCAUUUCUUGUAAUAGUUCAUAAUUAGAUGUAGACAGAUCCAAAAACAGAUGAUAUGGCUAUUUUUGUAAAUAACAUUAUACUUAAAUUAUGUAAUAGUAUAUAUCCGUAGCUAGUUUUCCAUGUACAAUAAAAUUGUAGAGUACUUGAAUUAAUAAAUGUAGAAUAGAAUAGUUAGAAUUUAUACAGAAUUAUGUAAUUAGUGAUAGUGUGGAGUUUAGAAAUUACAACUAAAUGUAUAAUAGCCCUUCAUAUACAGUAGCUAUAGAUCCUCAUAGUUGUAUAUUGUACUCUUUUAUUAUUAUUUUUUUUUUUCAUAUUUAAAAUACUUUUUAAAACAUAAUUAUGUCCAACAUAAUCUCUUUUUUGCAAAAUCCCAACAGCAAGUCCCUCAUGUAUUGUUAAUUUAAAACAAUCAAAACAUAAUUAUUUUUACAAUAGGUAUAGAAUGAUUUUUGAUAGAUUUUAAUUUCGCUUUUGUGUUACUUAUGUAAAUACAAUUCUCAAAUGAAAUGACCUCAUUUAUAUCUAACUGUCCGCUAACAUGUGAUACACGGUGGCCAUGAUAAGAUAACAACAAUCCAAAUUAGGUUGUGACAUGUAAGUAUCAUUCAAUUAAAGGAGUACAAUAACAUGUUAUGCCCUAAUAGUCUUGCUCCUAACACAGACCUACAAUAACUUAGUGAAAAGUAGCACUUCAUAAGAUAUUUUUAGCUUUGUACUGUAAAUAACUAGAUACCAGUGUUUCUAUACAGGCCCCUUUGAUACCUAACAUAACAUGUAUUUAGACAUUUUGUAUAACUACUCGUUAAUAAUGCCGUCACUUUUAUUUUUGUUAAGACGCUAGGAUAGGACGGUGCUAGAGAUACAAUUGAAGCAAGCCAUAUUUUUGCAUCAUUAUAAUGUGUAUUUUUUUUUUGUUUAAUUUUUGUCAUUUGUUCUAUGAACUAGUCAAAAUUUAUUUCUGAGUGACGGUUACUUAUAAUGUUAUAUGGUAAUCAAUUAUAACCGGAGACAGCUUAUAUUUCUCUUAUUUUAUAUUUCUGUUCUAAUUUGAAUAAAUAAUUGUAAUAUUUA